AGUUGCCCCGAUAGUAAUUUGCAGUUUCAGAGCACAUGCACGCCUUGCUCGCUGCGUUCUGUUGCUCCGCUGUACCUGCUGGGAAUUCACCCUGUCAUUGCCUGGGGUAUCUUCCACCCGUUACAAAAUCAGAAAAGUUGUGUUCUUGAACACCAAAGAGGACUGGCUUUCUGGGGCUGAUUCCGUGACAUUGAAGUUCAGAGAAGAGAAGCUCUGCAGAAGUAAAACAUGACUAAAAGCAAUGGAGAAGAGGCCAGGAUGGGAGGCAGGAUGGAGAGAUUCCAGCAAGGGGUCCGUAAACGCACACUCUUGGCCAAGAAGAAAGUGCAGAACAUCACAAAGGAAGAUGUUAAAAGUUACCUGUUUCGGAAUGCUUUUGUGCUGCUCACUGUCACCGCAGUCAUUGUGGGUACAAUCCUUGGAUUUACCCUCCGACCAUACAAAAUGAGCUACCGGCAAGUCAAAUACUUCUCCUUUCCCGGGGAACUUCUGAUGAGGAUGUUACAGAUGCUGGUGUUACCACUCAUCAUCUCCAGUCUUGUCACAGGAAUGGCGGCCCUAGAUAGUAAGGCGUCAGGGAAGAUGGGGAUGCGAGCUGUGGUCUAUUACAUGACGACGACCAUCAUUGCCGUGGUGAUUGGCAUAAUCGUUGUCAUCAUAAUUCAUCCUGGGAAGGGCACAAAGGAAAACAUGCACAGAGAAGGCAAAAUUGUACAAGUGACAGCUGCAGACGCCUUCCUGGACUUGAUCAGGAAUAUGUUCCCUCCAAAUCUGGUGGAAGCUUGCUUUAAACAGUUUAAAACCAACUAUGAGAAGAGAAGCUUUAAAGUGCCCAUCCAGUCCAAUGAAACACUUGUGGGUGCCGUGAUAAAUAAUGUGUCAGAGGCCAUGGAGACUCUGACGAGGAUCACAGAGGAGUUAGUCCCAGUGCCAGGGUCUGUGAAUGGGGUCAAUGCCCUGGGACUAGUUGUCUUCUCCAUGUGCUUCGGAUUUGUGAUUGGAAACAUGAAGGAGCAGGGCCAGGCCCUGAGAGAGUUCUUUGAUUCUCUUAACGAAGCCAUCAUGAGAUUGGUAGCGGUGAUAAUGUGGUACGCCCCUCUGGGCAUCCUCUUCCUGAUUGCAGGGAAAAUUGUUGAGAUGGAAGACAUGGGAGUCAUUGGCGGGCAGCUUGCCAUGUACACAGUGACAGUCAUCGUGGGCUUACUCAUCCAUGCCGUCAUUGUCCUGCCCCUCCUCUACUUCUUGGUAACGCGGAAAAACCCCUGGGUUUUCAUCGGCGGGUUGCUGCAAGCGCUCAUCACGGCUCUGGGAACCUCCUCCAGCUCUGCCACCCUACCCAUCACCUUCAAGUGCCUGGAAGAGAACAAUGGCGUGGACAAACGUGUCACCAGAUUCGUGCUCCCAGUAGGGGCCACCAUUAACAUGGAUGGGACUGCCCUCUAUGAGGCUUUGGCUGCCAUUUUCAUUGCUCAAGUUAACAACUUCGACCUGAACUUUGGACAGAUUAUUACAAUCAGUAUCACAGCCACGGCUGCCAGUAUCGGGGCAGCUGGGAUUCCUCAGGCGGGCCUGGUCACCAUGGUCAUCGUGCUGACAUCUGUGGGCCUGCCCACCGACGACAUCACGCUCAUCAUCGCAGUGGACUGGUUCCUGGACCGUCUUCGUACCACCACCAAUGUGCUGGGAGACUCCCUGGGAGCUGGCAUUGUUGAACACUUGUCACGACAUGAACUGAAGAACCGGGAUGUCGAAAUGGGUAACUCAGUGAUUGAAGAGAAUGAAAUGAAGAAACCAUAUCAGCUGAUUGCCCAGGAAAGCGAAAUUGAGAAAUCCAUUGAUAGUGAGACCAAGAUGUAGACUAACACAAAGAAAUGCUUCCUUGAGCACCAGGUGUUUGAAAACCAUUAUACAAUGUUUCCAUCUCAUUUCAACUCAUUCUCUCCAGUCAGCCCCUUACCUCCCUUUUCCUCCCUGCCCUGAUAGGAUUGGGAAAUAUUCAUCCAAAAACAAGGGGGGAUUUUGCAGUGGCCAAAAUGUAUAGUUUUCAUCCCAUGUUUGAAAUUUUUAAGUCAUUUCAUGUUAGUCUUAUCUAAUAAGGUACUGAGAUCAAAAAUAGUCUUGAUCAGAUCUUACAAGUUUAUGUGGCACGCAAUCCUGUAAAUGUGAUAGUUCUUACAAAUUAAAGAGUCAAAACAAAUACUAGGCUAAAAACAUGGUUUUAAAUCAACUUUCAGAAUUUAAAAAUCCUUCAGAAUACAAUUCAGUUUUAGUAUCAAAACAAAACAACUUGAUCAGCAAUGGGUUAUCGGUUGGACAUUACAUUACAAGGGUUUUUUUUUCCCUUUCUCUUAUGAUUUGUGUCCUUAUUUUAUUAGUAGCAGGACAAUACGAAUACACACCCAGCACAGCUGUGAGGAGGCGCAGAAAGUGAAAAUUCCAUGUGGCCAUGGGCAAGUUACGUCUCAUCUCUAGGCCUCAGUGUUCCCAUCUGUAAAAUGAGCGAGUUCCUUAGAUGCCUUUAUGGUCGAUUCUCACCCAAACAUCCUGUGGCACGAUAAAAGAGCCUGCCCUCCAUUUCCCCAAAGAACAUCCUGUAGCAAGUAUCAUUCCAUGGAGCAUGGGACUUUCAGAAUAGACAUUGAUUGGGAAUGAACAUUUCUAAGUGGAGGCAGGAUGGCUGUGUGGUUUACCAGGUUCUGUGUCCAAAAUGUCAGUUACACAAGUCAUCUGGCUGGAGGCCAUUCCAGGAGUGGAAUUGUUCACGAAACUCUGCUUAGUUCUUCCCAACAGGGGAAGUAUUCCCUUCUUUCCUACUCUUCACAAACUAAAGGGACUACUCUGGGAAGGCUAUCUCCCACCACUCCUCAACUGACCAUAGACUUUUAGAAAAUAAAACGUAAGACUAGCAACUAGCAAGGGUGCUCACGGUCUUACUAUGGAACACUACAAAUGGCCAGGAAAGAAUGGAGCAUGGCUGACAUUAUAAAGAGAGGAUUUGAAAACACCAAGAUUAUAAGUCAUCUUUAAGGAAGGUUUUUUUUUAAAAGGAGAGGUUCUUUUUUUUUUUUUUAACCUGAAACACUUUUUCUUUUCAGUUCAAAAAUCAUUCCUUAAGGAAGUCUGCAGAUCAAAAUAUAAGGUCACUUCUUAUACGUUUUAAAGAAGUCAAAUGAAUGAGCUCUCUCUCCACUAGAGGUCCAUGAACCGGGUGGGUGGUCUCUUAUUUGAAAAGGUUUUUGACUAUCAUCAAAAGUUCUUAGAAUGAGAAAAACAAGAUAUUUCUUUGUGUUGGAACUCCAUUCACCAAAUCAUUUAAAACCUUCAGCUGAAGUGGAGUUUGGUUUGGUUUUGUUUGCGUCCCUGAGAGAAACCGUAGAAGAUGAAACAGUAUGAAGUCAUGUCAGUGUGGUUCCAAGAAAAAAAAAACAAAAAAACACUAGGGGUAUUAGUUUCAGGCAAGGCAGCUACCAAGUUUAGAGGAGAUUAAUUUUUUUACCCUCUAAGGAAUAUCCAGUCAAAGAUGUGAAGUGGGAGCUGUCAGACAAUACCAGCUGUGUUUGAGUUUCUGACUGAAAAUGGUGAGGAAUGGACUUAAUUAUGCUAACAGAUUGAAAAUCUAGACAUACAUCCUCUGAUAUACAAUUAGAGAUAUUUUUAUAUAGAUCGCGAGCAUUACGUACAUGUGUACAAAAGUUAACAUUAGGCUGUGGUGGAGUAACCAUUUAAUGUCAAGGCUCUAUUUGGGAAAUACACUACAAAAGUUAAUGUACAUGGCUGUCAUGACACCAGUAGAGUAAAAAUUAAUCAUGUCAAAUUAACUCUGUUACACAAUGUGAUCUUUUUUAUACUAACCAUCUCUUAUGGAAAGCAGGUCCUCUGGGAUGAUCCUCUUGCCAGCCCAUCACAGGCUCUGCAUAUUACAUGCACCCAGUGUGGACUGAGAAGCAUUACCUUGUAGAUGUAUUUUCAAUAAAGAAAAAAAUUAGUUUUACAUUA